CGUCAUCUCUGGUGUCAUCCCAGCCUUUCGCCCUCCCCGGCCUCCCCAUGGCCCUUGGCGCCCUUGGCUUGGCAGAGCGGCUUCGGCGCCUCGGCGCGGAGUUGGAGGUGGAGGUGAGCCAAGCAGUUGAGGCUGCUGUGCAGAGGGGAGAUGAUGAGACAAAACUUCUGCAAGAGGAGGUCCAAUGGCUCCAGAGCCAACUACAUGCUGAGCGGCAGCAAAGCAAUGCCAGGCUCUCGGUUUGUGCAGAUCUGAAGCAGAAGCUCCAGGAUGCGCAAGAAGAAGAGCAGCGGCAACGCGAGGCCGCGCAGUAUUGGCAAACUGAAUUCAACGAGAAGGAGGAACAGUACAGCCUCAUGGAAGCAAAACUUGCAGCCAUGGCUUUGAUAGAGGCGGAGGCAGCGGAAGCGGCGGAGGCAGAGCCUCAGGAGGCGCCAACGCAAUCACGGCCGAGUGCAUGCGACAGCAAGAUGAGGCUCUGUGAAGAACCUGAUGAGUUGCCGGAGGAGACUUUGGAGCUCAAGACCUCCAACUCGGUGCAAAGUUGUCUCGAAAUCAUUGAGAAGGAAGGGGAAGGAAGGCAGCUAAGAGGCCUUGGUGCAGAGGGCUUUCACACCCUUUUGCUGGCGGCCAUCGAGCGCGGCGAGGGUUGCGGAGUUCUGCUGAAUCGCCUCGUCCGCAGCUGGGCCUGUAGUCUGCUGAAUCGCGAGGAUGGAGCCGCCAUGAAGAAAGCUGCGAGCCUCGGGAAUUUGGAGGCCUUGGAGACGCUGGUCUCGUUAGGUGGCACGAUCGCUGUGACGGCGGCCAUUGGAGACACCUCAACAGACAAUGGGCAGGAUGCGUCAGCACAGCUAGGCGGUGGAUCUGCGAGGAGGGACGGCUGUUUGCUGUGUUCCUGUGCAGCAAGGGGCGACUGUGCAUCUUUGGCUCUACUUUUGGACCACUUGCACGACAGGCAAACCUUGGAGUCCAUCCGGAAGGCAUAUACCACAGCUGCGCAGCACUGCCAGUUCGAUGCGCUUCAGCUGCUGGCGACACAUUUGAUAGUCGAGCUGUCCUACGUGGGCAACACCAACUAUCGUGCAGGCGAGUACGAGAAGGCGAUCUCCUGCUACCAGGAGGCUAUUGACCUCUGUGAGGAGCACGGAGGCCCUGGAACGCCGUGCGGGCACGCCAUGGAGCGCGUCGCGAGCAACCGCGACAACCUUGUGAGGCUGAGGUACAACCUGGCCAGAGCAUUCCAUCGCUGUGACCGGUGGAUGGAGGCUCGAGAGCAAGCGUCUGCCGUGCUCAGUUUGGACAGUGACUACCUCAAUGCCUAUGCCUUGCGUGCGCAGGCGGCCAUGUCUGCCUUGGACUGGUCUGCGGCGAAGGCCGACUGGGAGCGACUGGGCCUCCUGGCUGACCAAGGUGUUGCUCCGGUGAGCCCAGAAGUGCUUUCUGCAUGGCAGAGGCGAAAGGAGGAGUGCUGUCGGCAGCUAGCCCAGGACCAUUACGAGGCCUUGGGACUGCCGAAGCUUGCAGAUGUGGAUGACGUGCGGAAGGCCUAUCGAGAGCUGGCAAGACGUUGGCACCCGGACAAGCACCAAAGCAGGGCCCCUGAUUUGCGUGAUCGGGCAAGCAAGCGCUUCACCCGCAUUCGGCAAGCCUACGAGGUCUUGAAUGACGAGGGCCUGAAGCACAACUACGACACGGAGCUCAUGCUUUCAGAGGCAAGACCACUCUCUUCGGCUGUCUCAUCUAAAGGCGUGGAACGGGAGCUCUUCGACCACUUUGAACGCGCAUGGGCAGACCAUGAGCGGGUGCUUUGAGGCGCCACCAAAAUGGUCCAAAGAUUCGGACCUGGAAUCGACACUUGCAAAGUCAAGGGUGAUGUCGGCGUCGCAUUCGAUGAACACAACUCGAUGUCGGCGUCGAGCUGAACACUUCGACGUCAAGCAAUUCCGUCCAGGAAUCCUGGGUCAGCCGAUUCGGAAUUCACAGGGUUCAUAGGGAACCGCGGUCCAAUCCACCCCAAAACGUUGUGGGAAAAGAUUGCACAAACUCGAAAGUGGGCUGCCGGUUCUUUCACAAGAACUGGCUUGUCUCGGACACCAGCCCUUUGUGAGUGCUUCAGCAAGAGCCUGCUACAUCACAGGCUAGGACUUGCAAUUAGACGCCCUGAGUCCAAGAAAACCGCUUGGAAGCAAAAGAGAUCC